AUGGCGAUUCUCUCGUCGUCUUCUUCAUCAUCAUCCUCGACGAUGCAGAAAGGAAUUGUUGUUACAGUACCAGUUCUGGUUCUAACUGCAUCAUUCUCUGCAAUUAUCUUAUUCAUCCUCUCGUAUUCUCUAUCUUCCUGCUCUUGUCCUUCUUCAUCUAUAACCUCCCAAAACGACGCCGUUGUUGUAGCCGCCGUGAACGACGGUGGUAUAACGUUAUCUGAGAAGAUUACGACGUCGCGGGAAGAUAUAGAGUGGGUAAAAGAUCUUAUUCGAUCGAACGGUUUACAUAUGCAGGACAAUGUACUUCGUAAAGGAAUCAAUCCUCGUACAAGAGAUCAACAAUUACAAGAUCUGAUUCAGUAUAAAGGUAUUUCACAUUACGAAGAUGAUGAUGCAAUGAACAACCAUACUGCGUUACCAUGUCCUGGUGAGUUACUAGUAGAAGAGCAUCAUAGUAACUACGGUGAGCCAUGGGCUGGUGGGCGAGACGUGUUUGAGUUUUUAGCAGAAGCAUCUCAGCUGAAACGUAAUGCUAAAGUUCUUGAAAUAGGUUGUGGCACGCUUCGCGUUGGUUUGCAUUUUAUUCGAUAUCUCAAUCCUGAGAGUUUUCAUUGUCUUGAGAAAGAUGAGCUUUCUUUAAUGGCUGCGUUAAGGUAUGAGCUUCCUUCUCAAGGUCUAUUACAUAAACGGCCACUUAUAGUUAGAGGGGAAGAUAUGGAAUUCAGCAAGUUUGGUUCUGAUGUAGCGUAUGAUUUGGUAUACGCUAGCGCGGUUUUUCUCCAUAUGCCUGAUGAACUCGUUUGGAUUGGACUUGAGAGGGUAGUAGAUAAGUUGAAGCCUUAUACAGGGAGGAUCUUUGUGUCGCAUAAUAUAAAGUUUUGUACGCGUUUAGGUGGAGGUAAAUGUACUGAGAGGUUAGCUAGCUUGGGACUUGAGUCGCUCGGGAAACAAACUCAUGAUAGUUUGUUGUUUAAUCACUACGAGAUUUGGUUCGGGUUUAGGCGGAUUAAAGGGUGAUUGGUGUUGUAGUUUAUGUAGGUACUUAAAAGUUUUGGUUCCAUGGCAUGUCAUUGUUUCAUCCUUAGAGGAUUGGAUCAAUAGAGUUUUGGAGAUAGUUUGGUGAAUAUAGUACUAUGAUGAUAUCUUGUGUUGUGGAGUUUAAAAGAGUCUCUAGAGUUAGGACAAAGAAGUGAAAGUAUAUACACAGUAGGUGAUCGGGAGAGACACAUGUGUUUUAUAACAUAGUAGUCCAAUGAUUCGAGAUUGGUGUGUACUUAUUUCUUUGUUUGUUUCAAAGAGUUAUGUUGUAGUGUGUUUGUAAUUCUGUAUUU